CAUACAAGAAGACAUAGAGUCAAUAUUUACUAAUAUAACCUUGUUACAAAUGAUUUCAUCCCUUAUAACACUGGCAACAAAUCUAUAUACCUUGUCGAUGACACCACCUUCUGAUGCCGAUUUCCUGGGCUUGCUGGUUUAUACAGUUUUUGGAAUUAUACAGCUUACAAUGAUUUGUCAUUUUGGAUACAGAAUAACGGAAUCGGUUUUAAAAGGAUCGUAUUCUUACGCUGCAAUGUACCGAUCGGUCGGGUAG